AUGGACAGUAACAUACCAGCAGGUUUUCCUGGAGGCAUAGAAUAUGUCAAAUACCAACAUCCUGGUGGUGAUUCUCCAGAAGUCCCAAGUCCAGUAAAGCAAUUUGUGAAGCAAGAUAAAUUACCACAAAGUAAGGAGAAAAUAAUUGCUCGAGAGGCUUCAUCAAAAUUUGAAAGGGAUCCAUCAAACAUAAGAAGAACAAGAUCUUCUCCAUCAUCUGGCAGACGUCCAAGACGUGGACCAUCGCACAGAAGACGCCAACACAUGGUAAAUGUUGUUGAAGAUGCAGGUCCAUUUGCAGACAAAGCCGUUCGCAGAAGUAUAACUGGAUUGGAAUUAUCCAAGAUGGACAGUAACAUACCAGCAGGUUUUCCUGGAGGCAUAGAAUAUGUCAAAUACCAACAUCCUGGUGGUGAUUCUCCAGAAGUCCCAAGUCCAGUAAAGCAAUUUGUGAAGCAAGAUAAAUUACCACAAAGUAAGGAGAAAAUAAUUGCUCGAGAGGCUUCAUCAAAAUUUGAAAGGGAUCCAUCAAACAUAAGAAGAACAAGAUCUUCUCCAUCAUCUGGCAGACGUCCAAGACGUGGACCAUCGCACAGAAGACGCCAACACAUGGUAAAUGUUGUUGAAGAUGCAGGUCCAUUUGCAGACAAAGCCGUUCGCAGAAGCUUUCUUUGGAAAUUAUAUCUCAUGUUGGCAUUUCAACUGGGUUACACUGUUGGUAUAAUAUGUAUGUUCAUCUACUGCUUCUUUGAUGCAGAUUCUUUGAUGUGGACUGUUGGUUCUACUACAAUAGUGACCUUGGGACUGUGUUUUUUUGCUCUUCAGAAAAAAUGGCAACUUACCAUCACAUCUGGAAUAUUGCUAGUCUUGUUGUAUACAGUAGCAAUUAUUGGAACUCUUUGUGUCAUCAUGCCAUCAGAAUUGACGGAUGUAUUUUAUACUGGUAUUGGAACACUUCUUUUUGGCAUAUACCUGUUGGUUGACACGCAACUAAUGCUGGGAAAGAGGCAUCAUUAUCGACUGACUCCAGAUGAAUAUGUAUUUGCAGUACUGAAUGUCUAUAUUGACAUUCUCAAUUUGUUUUUAUUUAUAUUGAGAUUUGUUGGUUUCAUGAAGUGA